CUUAAGAUUUAUCUUCACAUUAAUUGAAAUACCUCACCAGGCCGUGACAAGAUGGACGAGUUGUUUGACGUGUUCGAGGACAACGCGCAGGCUCCACAGCCACCUGCUAGUCCCGCGAACAAGUCCUCUAGAAAAGAAAGACGAAGAAAGCGACAAGCCGACGGCGGGUUGAAAGAUGCGGUUGACGGUGGAGAAACGACAGGACAUUCCACAAACGACGCGUCUCCUGACUCAGAAAUGAAAGAUUUCGAUCCCACAGAUGGUGAUGGACCGAACAUCAAGCGCACACGCAUAGAAAAUGAACCGGAGCCAGUCGUUACGGAUACUUUCGAGACCGAACAAUCACGAGAGGUGGUAGCGUCCGCCGGGCUUCAAGCCUCACAAGAGGAAGAGAAGGUCAUUUUGUCACAUCAGGUUCGACAUCAAGUCGCCUUGCCACCCGACUAUGACUACGUCCCCAUCUCACAGCACAAACCACCCGCCGAACCCGCUAGGACGUGGAAAUUCCAGCUUGACCCGUUUCAACAAGUCUCGAUAGCAUCCAUUGAACGAAAUGAAAGUGUCUUGGUGUCAGCACACACCAGCGCAGGCAAAACCGUGGUGGCUGAAUAUGCAAUUGCACAAUGUUUGAAGAACAACCAGCGAGUCAUCUAUACCAGUCCCAUCAAGGCUCUGAGUAACCAAAAAUAUCGAGAAUUCCAGGCAGAUUUUGGCGAUGUUGGUCUGAUGACCGGAGAUGUCACAAUCAACCCCACAGCCACCUGUCUUGUUAUGACCACUGAAAUUUUGCGGUCAAUGCUCUAUCGAGGUUCUGAAAUCAUGCGAGAAGUGGGAUGGGUGGUCUUCGACGAAAUCCACUAUCUGCGCGACAAGACUCGUGGCGUUGUAUGGGAAGAGACCAUCAUUUUACUGCCCGACAAAGUUCGCUAUGUAUUCCUAUCAGCAACCAUCCCCAAUGCCAUGCAAUUUGCCGAAUGGAUCACCAAGACUCACAAUCAACCUUGCCACGUCGUCUAUACAGACUUCAGACCGACUCCACUGCAACACUAUUUCUUCCCGGCUGGCGCAGAUGGUAUACAUUUGAUUGUGGACGAAAAAGGAGUAUUCCGCGAGGACAACUUCCAGAAGGCCAUGAGCUCAAUCGCCGAUAAACAAGGAGAUGAUCCUUCUAACCCGAUGGCUCGCCGGAAAGGCAGGGGCAAGGACAAGAAGUUGAAUAAAGGAGGGAAUAAGGGUCCCUCUGAUAUCUACAAGAUUGUCCGUAUGAUCAUGACCAAGAACUACAAUCCUGUUAUCGUCUUCAGUUUCAGCAAGAGAGAAUGCGAAGCAUAUGCGAUACAAAUGAGUACAAUGUCUUUCAACGAAGAUUCGGAAAAGGCAAUGGUGUCCAAAGUCUUCGAAAGUGCGCUGGAAAUGCUAUCGCCGGAAGACAAAAAUCUGCCCCAGAUUCAGCACUUAUUGCCUCUGCUGAGACGCGGUAUUGGCAUCCAUCAUUCUGGUCUGUUGCCAAUUCUCAAGGAAACGAUUGAAAUUUUGUUUCAAGAAGGACUGAUCAAGGUGCUGUUCGCGACUGAAACCUUUUCUAUUGGACUCAACAUGCCGGCGAAGACUGUCGUCUUUACCAGUGUUCGCAAAUUCGAUGGUUUCUCACAACGAUGGGUUACUCCGUCGGAAUUUAUUCAGAUGUCUGGACGUGCUGGCCGUCGUGGUCUUGAUGAACGUGGCAUUGUUAUCAUGAUGAUCAACGAGCAGAUGGAUCCUAGUGUUGCAAAGGACAUUGUUCGCGGCGAACAAGACAAAUUGAACUCGGCAUUUUACCUUGGGUACAACAUGAUUCUGAACCUGCUCAGAGUUGAGGGUAUCUCUCCCGAGUUCAUGCUUGAGAGAUGCUUCCAUCAAUUCCAGAAUACUGCGAGCGUUUCUGGGCUGGAGAAAGAAUUGCAGCAGCUCGAAGCAGAGAAAUCCGCCCUGGUAAUCGAAGACGAGAGCGCGAUCCGAGCGUACUAUGACCUGCGGAAGCAGCUCGAUCUCUACGCUGAGGACAUGCGGAACGUCAUCAUUCAUCCCAACUACUCUUUGCCGUUCAUGCAGCCAGGCCGAUUGGUCUACAUCAAGGAUGGCGAGCACGAUUUUGGCUGGGGAGCCGUCAUCAACUUUGCGAGGAGAAGUACCGGCCGAUCCACCGAGAAGUUAACCCCUCAAGAAGAAUGGAUCCUGGACAUCGCCCUUGAAUGUGCUGAAGGCACAGCACCGGCCACCAAGACCUUCCAGUCACUUCCAGCUGGCAUACGACCACCACAACCUGGAGAGAAGUCGAAAGUCGAGGUUGUUCCAGUCCUCUUGAAGUGCGUCCAGAAAAUCUCACACAUUCGUAUCUUCCCGCCUGCUGAUAUGACAAUCUCGGAAGAGAAAAAGAAGGUGCAGAAAGCAUUGAUCGAAGUGCAGCGGCGAUUCCCUGACGGACUUGCCGUCCUUGACCCUGUCGAGAAUAUGAAGAUCACCGACAACUCUUUCAAGGAACUCCUUCGCAAGAUUGAGAUCAUGGAGUCCAGAUUGGUUGCUAAUCCCUUGCACAAUUCUCCGCGCCUUGAAGGACUUUACAAUCUGUAUGCCGACAAGGUGGUCCUGCAGGGCAAGAUCCGAGCCUUGAAGAAGCAGAUUCAGGACGCCCAUGCUAUUAUGCAGCUUGAGGAGCUUAAGUGCCGCAAGCGUGUCCUUCGUCGACUGCAGUUCAUCAACGAAGAAGAAGUCGUGCAGCUUAAGGCUCGUGUUGCCUGUGAAAUUAGUACAGGUGACGAGUUGAUGCUCAGCGAGCUGCUCUUCAAUCGCUUCUUCAACGACUUGAAUCCGGAACAAUGUGCUGCCGUCAUGAGCUGUUUUGUUUUUGAAGAAAAAGUCAACGACCAGCCAACCUUGACAGAAGACCUUGCCCGACCACUCCGUGAGAUCCAGAGACAAGCGAGAGUCAUUGCAAAAGUAUCCGUUGAGUCCAAGCUCGCGGUUAACGAGGAGGAAUACGUGCAGAGCUUCAAGUGGCAACUCAUGCCUGUGAUUUACGCCUGGGCCAAAGGAAAGUCCUUUGGCGAGAUAUGCAAGAUGACCGACGUCUACGAAGGCAGUUUAAUUCGAGUCUUCCGACGACUGGAAGAAGCACUGCGUCAAAUGGCGGAAGCUUCUAAGGUCAUGGGAAGCGAAGAAUUGGAAAAGAAGUUCGAGGAAGCAUUGACCAAGGUAAGAAGAGAUAUCGUGGCUGCUCAGUCAUUGUAUCUCUAGGCUUGAUGAUAGCUUGAGACGCCUUCAAUCUUCCAUUGCAUAGCAGCGCGUUGGAGCUUUUUAUUGUGUGUACGAUGAUACCCAUGGACUUGUUCAACGACCUAGAGAUGCACAGAGGGGUCCUGUGGGUGAUUCAGGUAUGAUGCUUUUGCCUGGAAUUAUGUCACACUGCAGAACCCCCCAUCACACAUUGCUUGUCGUCCAUCCUGGGUAGAGGGUAGAGAGAUUCUUAUCAAACAAUCCCGCUUCAUGUUUAUGCCUGGC